GCAGGAGUGAAACAGUCGCCCGCGGUACGCCGUACGCAGUGCGGCGACGGGCAAUUCAUUUCGCGAGCAGAACGGGCAUCGGCGACCUACGUUACCAUGUUUCCAUUACAUUUCGCUUUCCUGCAUUGAAAGUCUGUGAUAGUAAGCGUUACCACACAGCAGUCAAACGAAGGCAUUUGUCAGCGUAAUUUAAUGUGCGGGACCAGCGUUUGAAGAUGCGUAUUCAUUAAGGACGCGGCUCGUAUAUCUUCGCUUAAUGCCCGUCUGCAGGGGGUGGGUCACAACACUUCAAACAUAAUUGCAAAACACAAGGAGGGAUCAAUUCUGUCCGUGCGAAUCUUCUAAUUCUGAGAUGGGUCACUGAGUGCAAUUAGUGAAUGGGCGAAACGUGUAAUUACUACGGCACGAAAAAAAAACACAGGCACGGAGAAGGGCCGCGUGCCUUCGUGAGUUUCGAAAAGAAAAUUAAUUAAUGAUACCCGAUGGGGAAGGAAGUUGGUUUUGCGUAACUGUCUCUGUCCCAUAGGAUGGCGGGAGACGCUAAUGAACAACCGAGCUCAUUAAAACGUAAAUUAGAUUACAAUUCAUCUUGGCAGUAGACUCCAUGCGAUAGCAUUAGUCAAAGGAAAGGUAAAUGAAAUCGGUUGUCCGGAGCGCUGCGCCUUCCGAGUCGCAAUACAACCCGGCGAAUGCAUCUAAAUACAACUACCGAGAGCUCGACGGCUUCUGAAGACAUUUCUGUUCAGAGAGUGUGGAAGUAGGAGUUGUGUUCUGGUGCUGAGAGAUGGAGACGAACAGCGGCUGGCUGAGCGAGCUGCUGUGUCAGCUGAUUGCCCCUGGUCACGUCGUCUCACCGUGCAGAGGGAGCAGCGCGAAGGCCGUGCUGCUGGACUGCGAGCUGUGGAACUCGACCCACGAAACCGCGAGGUACGAGGACUUCUUGUGCGGCGCCAGCUUCUCGCAAUGCGACCACUGUGCCGGAAACUCCACGGCCGCCAUGCUCAACCUGACACUGCACCUCCUGCCGUCGCUAGUCGGCGAGUACGACGUCGUGUGGGCCAGAAUCCCCACCGUCUUCAAAUCCACUUCCUGUGGCUUCUUGGAUAUGUUCAUGGACUGCGGCGGUCCCAAAAGUGUAAAUGUGACGAUCAGGGGCAACGAUUCAAGCCCGGAAGAGGAGUUUUCUGUGUGGGGGGAAGGCGUGGGGGAAUACGUAAAGUGUUCGCUGCAAAGUGUCUUGAUGAACGUGGACGCGGGGCCAGGUGAUGCGCGGGAGGUAUCGGACUGGGAAACGCACCACCACGACUGGAGCUUCCUGUUUGUGUUGGUUUUCAUAGUGGCUGGGGGAGUGGGGAACAUACUCGUGUGUCUCGCCGUCUGCCUCGAUCGCCGGCUGCAGAAUGUCACCAAUUACUUUCUGCUCUCCCUCGCCAUAGCGGACCUUCUAGUAAGCCUCUUCGUCAUGCCACUAGGUGCGAUACCGGGCUUCCUAGGGUACUGGCCGUUCGGGGUUGUGUGGUGCAAUGUGUACGUCACAUGUGACGUCCUGGCAUGUUCAGCAAGCAUUAUGCACAUGUGUUUCAUUAGCCUUGGUCGGUACCUCGGAAUCCGCAACCCCCUGAAGACCCGACACUCCUACUCUACGAAGAGACUCGUCGGCUUCAAGAUCGCGCUGGUGUGGCUGCUUUCCAUGCUGGUGUCCAGCUCCAUCACGGUGCUAGGUGUGCACAACCCGCGGAACAUAAUGCCAGAGCCACGGACGUGCGUCAUCAACAACCGCGCCUUCUUUGUCUUCGGGUCGCUUGUCGCGUUCUACGUGCCCAUGGUCAUUAUGGUCGUGACGUAUUCGCUGACGGUGCAGCUCCUACGUAAGAAGGCGCGGUUCGCGGCAGAGCACCCUGAGUCUGACGAGUUCCGGCGCCUUGGGGGAAGGUUCGCUGCCCGCAAGACACAACCCCACCACAACCAUCAGAGGUCGUCCACGGCGUCGCACCAGCUGUACAGAACCAGCGGCGGAUCUGACAGGAGCACCGGCGUGAGAGUCAGCUCCUCGCACCCACAGCUAAACUACGUGGUGAAUGGGGGAGGCAGCGCUUCGGGGAGGAGGUGCGACCAAGGGACGCAAACCCCGGACAGUAUCUCGCGGGAAACCAGAAACUUCCGUCUCAGAAGUCUCAAGCUGCAUCUCAGCAUGGGGCCAUCGACACUCAACUUGAGAUUCGUGGCUGGAAGAAACAAGAGACGCUCGCUGGCCGCCAACGCCGUAGCCACGGAACAAAAGGCGUCCAAAGUCCUGGGCCUCGUCUUCUUCACCUUCGUGCUGUGCUGGGCUCCGUUCUUCGUCCUCAACAUCAUCUUCGCCGCGUGUCCAGACUGCCACGUUCCAGACCACGUGGUGGACACGUGCCUCUGGCUGGGAUACGUCUCCUCUACCAUCAACCCCGUCAUCUACACGGUGUUCAACAGGACAUUCAGAGCUGCCUUCAUCAGGCUGCUGAGGUGCAGGUGUCACCGGUCGGCAAGGCCGAGAGCCGGCCGGCUGGAACUCCAGUGACACCUUCCACUGCAGCGGCCCACUCCUCCAGGAACACGAUUUCGACUCCAGCGGGGGCGAUGGCGGGAGCUGCCGCCCUACCCCUGUCCUUAUCCCUGCAAGGCACGCCCUUACUGGCCACCCCCUCAUCUACAUCGUCCUCGUACAUCGUCAUGAGGACCCCGUCAGAGAACUACCCGGACACCUUCGACGUCGAAGACCGUGACUGCUGAACAGCAGCAUCGCCAUGUUCACUUGGUCCGCACAAAAGACCUGGAGUGCCUGAGAAGAAACUCGAACCCACGCCACAUAUUCAAUCUUUAUUAAACAGCGCGUUAUGAAUGCGUCACAUUGAGGGAGCCACAGAGUCUGCUUAUAUACGAGGAAUGUUUAUUAACAAUAAAUUCCGUAUCGAUAUCGGAAAUGCAUACAUCGAGUGGUACUGUCAGUUUAGGUCGUUUUAAAUUGCUGAAGCACGUAAUUAAACUGCCUUGUGAGAUUUCAGAGAGCCUUCACUGAAGCCGUAGCAAUUAAUUAUUCAUUGUCAUAACGUGGAGGAAUCAGUUACGAAUUAUAAAUGAUAACCCGAGUGUACCAAAGCAAAUAAAAUUACUAUGGAACGUUUGUUACGGCGUACAGAAUUAAAAACAAACGCACAUUUCUGGUUCAAAUGGACCUCACAGCCUAAGAGUUCGUCUGGUCCAGCUGCCAUAAGAAUGUAUCGUAUCCCAACUGCAGCCAGCGGAGCUGGUCCCGAGGAAAGCCAGGAUUAGAACUGGACCACAGAAAACUACAUCCCAAGAAUUAAGAUUCCUGUUAGAAUAGACAUGAAUCUGUUCACGAAGCAUUUUCAAUAGUGCAGAAAACAACACUUCUCUCACACAAUCCUUCAGGCCACUACACGUAUACCGAAAAUCUUGACGCGUACGAAAUUUUACUCAAAUACAACUUCAACCUGUUUCCUGUGAUCUCACGAAAUUCACAGUGCAAAUGACCCAAUGUGUUAUAUGACACACUUUGCCAUACAAGACACUACACUCGCGUGGGACCAAAACAUUGGCAGUUCACUGUAGCUCCCUUUUAGACAAGACUGAAGAAACUCGCGACAGAUCCCCACCCCCAAGCGCCUGCAGCUUUACUUACGGUCCUAGCCUAACUUUCAAACCGGAACAUUCGGCUAGAAGUCUGAAGGUAAAAUUAAUUUUGUAAUCUCUUUCCGACUCAUUCCACAUACCUAAUUAAAUCACAAAACUAACUUCCAAUAAAACGCAUUCUUUCUCAACAUCACCCGGAACGGCAGUAAUUUCGAUGGCAGAGUCUGAGGACUACCACGGAGCACGGAAGUAAAUAAUGAUAAAAUAAAUCAGCAGAGUCACGUUCUUUCGUAGAUGCAGCCAUGAGCUAAGCAUCUCCUUACAGGUCCACUGUCUCGUUGAACGCCAACACAAAUAUUUCGAUGUCUGAGGGCAAACACCUCGAUUAAACUACUCGCUGUAUGAACAAAUGUACAAAUCAUAAAAUGUCCGCGCGUCUGUAACUCCUGUCCUAAGCAUUUUGUAGUCCACAUUUACGCACUGAACCGCAUCCGAGAUUCAAACUAUUCAUCAUCACGUGGGAUGACACAAACACACCGGAAAACAUGGAACGGAAGAGACAACUUGGAAGACCUAGGUGUAGAUGGAAGGAUAAUUAAAGUUGGGACGUACAACAAAUCCAUCUUAUUGCAAAGGCGAAAGGAACUGGCGUCCAUGCAGUAGUGCUUAAUACACACUGAACAAUUUUUAAACAUAAUUUAUCCAGUUUUAACCCCAAAACAAUGACUGAUCUGUGUGCCAACAAUUCCGAAUAAAUGCCAAGAGAACGAAGUGUUUGUUAAUCACUGCUGUACGCAGAGGGCAGACUUCAUGUUAUUUGCUAGUCAUACUCACAAAUGGACUUCAAACAUAAAAUAAUUGUAGGAGCAAGCUGUUCCCUGCCUUCAUCAAGCCCCUAAUGUUUGUAAAAACCAAACAAACAGACACGCCUACGCAGUAACACAAGGAAUGUGACUGCCCAGGAGCGUCUCUACACUGGACAGAAAUCUGAUGAAAUCAAUAAUGUAAGAGAAACAUAUUUGUAAAAAAAGAAAAUGUUACUUUCAGCUGGUCUGAAUGUAUGUUGUAUGUUAAUGUCAUACUGUAUCAUGUUUAUAAUGACUGUAAUUUUGUCCACUGUUCAGAAAAUGUUAAACAUGCUGUGUGACUGUUUACAGAUGACUUCUUCAGAAACAAGAAA